AUGAGUUCAAAUAAAUUUAAUUUAACAGAAGCUCGCCAAGCGCUCUGUCCACUAGUUGGUUAUCAAAAUGCACAUUAUUGUCCUGGUAUUAAUGCAACUAGUAAAACAAAACGAAGUACACCAUUACCACCUCUUCUAUUACCACGAGGAAUAGGAAUGACUAUUGAUAUCAGUACAGGUAUGAUAACACUUCCAGCACUUGAACUAACAUAUUCUGAUCGAGCAGAAAAUCUAUGGAUUGAUCCUUAUUCUAAACAAUCAUUCAUCAUUCCUAAUGAAGUUAUUUUAACAACUAUAUCUCAACAGGAAAAUAAUCCAAUAGUACGUAUCUUUAAAACUGAAUUUGAUUUAGUAAGUGUAUGGACUCGUAACGCUGAUGGUGGAUAUUGGACAGGGGGAGAAUUUGGAUUAGCUAAAAAUGUCCUAGAUGUUUACAGAAAAUUCUUUACUGAUAAUCAAGCUACAUCUGUAUCACAAAAUCCCGUUGGUUUAUAUACAUUAACAAUGUUAGCUGCUAAUUCUCCAUUAACUUUAGUAUUAAAUAAAUAUGCACGAUCAGCUAUUGAUGAAUUAACAAAAAUCUAUGAUGAAGAACUUUAUACACAAUUUAUGAAUAUAUGGGGAACUCAUAUUGCUGUUUCAACUGAGAUUGGUGGAAUGAAAGAACAACAGGCGGUAUUUAAAAAUUGUAUUUGGUCAUCAGAUUAUUUUACUGGUGGUUUAUCUAUUGAAGAAAUGGAAAAACUCUUAAAAGAAGAUCUUCUAUUGAAAACUCCGUGUAAUAGUUAUUAUUUAUCAAGACGAAAAUUAGCUAUUGAUCAUCUUGUUGGAGGUAAUAUUGAAAUUCAUGAUAUAGAAUUAUGGAAGAAAACAAUAGCACUUGACCCAGCUUUAUUAAAAGUAAUCAAAUAUAUUCCAUGGUAUGAUGUUAUUUCAAAUAUAGACAUUAAAAAAAAUCUAAGAAAAGCAAUGACAAAUCGUAUUAAUGCAUCGAAUAUUGCUCGAAUGUCUGCAAUAGAUCAAAUUAUAUCUGAAAGAACAAGUCUGUUGAAGAGAUCAGCACAAUACGGCGUUCGAACUAAUUAUUAUGGUUCAGAUAAACCAGCAUAUGAAUUAGGUGAUAAAAUAACAUUGAAUGAUGUUCAACAAUGUCCUGAUGGAUUAUCAACAAUAGUUUUACAGAAAAAUUGUAAUACAGGAAAAAAUAUAACUGCAUGUUCAAUAGCAUAUGUCAAUUUUGAAUGGAUAAUUACGUGGGAUGUACCAUUAUGUUAUGAACGAAAUCGAACAACUGGUAGUUUUCGAGCUGUAGCACGUCGUAUUACUGGAGAAAUAUUAUCGGAAUCAGAAGGAAAAUUUCGUAAUUAUGAUUUAAAUGGUCCAUGGAUUGAAUCUGGUUGUUCAUGGUUAAAAAUUCCAUGUAAAGGAGAUGGUCGCGGUAUUACAGACGCUUUUAUAUGUUCUGGAUGCAUACCAGCAACUGAUAGAGAAAAAAAAGCAUUUGUUUGUCCAUGUCCAGCAUACGAAAUGGAUCCAACAUUUGAACCGUAUUCUAUUCAACGAAUGAUGAUAUUAUUUUAUUUGCUUUUAAUUCCAAUUGUAACAUCAAAUGAUUUACCUGGUCUUGAUUAUUUAUCAUCUGGUUUUGAUGCUCUCAAGAUGAUCGGUCAAAAUGAAGAAGUCACUUCACUCGAUCGAACAAAAUUUCGUUUAUUCAAUUUACGUGAUUUUGAUGGAGAAGAUUUUCAUUUGAAAAUCAUGAAUAAAACUCAACGUUUCAAAACACCAAGUGUAGUUCAAGUUACUAAUAUUAAUAUGCGAAAUCGUAUCAGUGUUGAAUCUAUUUCGUAUACAUAUCAAGAAUUUUUUCAUAGUUAUUUUCAUUCCUAUUCAUUCGAUAUAUCAAUACCUGUGAAUGUGAUAAAUAUUGCAUUUGGUUAUCAUCAGACAUUAAAAGAAGUCUAUAAAUCUAUUACUGAAAAUCAUAUGGCAAUAGGAAUAUCUACAGAUUGGUUAGGAUUGUUUUCUAUUCAAUUGGCACCAUUUUACUUCUUAACAUUUGAUCCAAUGUUUAAUAAAAGCUUAUCAAAAUUAGUUCUUAAUCCAAGUACAGAUGAUCAACAAAUGUUUUACAAUCAAAUUGUAUUAAUGUUCGGUACUCAUUAUACUUCAUCUGUUAUUUUGGGUGGUACUGUCGAAAUGUUUACUGAAAUUUCUCGUGCCUAUCAAGAAGCACAUAGUAAAAGUUCCAUUGAAGAACAAAUAAGUAUUGGUUUUGAGUAUCAACAAUUUAAGAUGUCAUUGAGCCCUAAUACUGGUUCUGAAAAAAGUGUUAAUACUGCAGAUUUUUUGAAAAAUACUCAAACAAAAAUUAAAUUUGUACCUGUUGUAUUAAGUACAAGUGAAACAAAAACCAAAGAAUGGGAUAUUUGGUUAGAACAAGUUUUAUCUGCACCAGUAGUUGUAAAUCGGACUUUAGUUUCAUUGACAACUUUAUUAAUUGAAUAUCCAAUUGAAAUUCGACGACAUUUGCAAUUAACUAUUGAUUAUUAUCUUAAAAAUGGUAAAGUACCAACAAUCGAUCAAUUGAUAAGUAUUAAACAACGACAAAAACGUGAAAUAAACGAUAAAAAUAUUGUACCGGGGGUCGAUGUUGUUGGUUGUGGUUAUGAUAUAUUUAAAUUAAAAAGUAAAUCUUGUCUAUUAGAUAUAACAAUGAAUGAUAAUAUAACUUGGAUUGAUGUAUUUGAUAAUUUUACAACAUACAAAGUACCUGAUAGAUUUUUUGUAAUUAACAAUAAAGAUAUGUCAACAAUGUUGGAUACAAAAUUUUUUGAUUCAUUAAAACAAUUUCUUACUGAAUCAAUUGUAUCUAAUCGACAAGAUUCUGAUGGUUUUUUUGGAUUUGGAGCAACGAGUGAUGAAAAAGAAAUGAAAUCUAGAUAUGAAAGAUUUUAUCGACAUAAAUAUAAAAUGGCUUGGACCAAACAACAAGUUAUUUGGUUUACAUUAGCUGCAGUUACAUUUCCAUUACCAAAACUUCGUCGAAUGGCUGCUUUAGCUAUUGAAUAUCUACCUUCAACCUUUGAUCUUAAUACAAAUAAUUUCGAGAAAUUCCGCAUCUUCUUUGAUACAUACGGUACUCAUGUUGUUGUUCAAGCAGAUAUAGGAGGAAUGUUAUGGGCGGAAGAUUAUUUUGAAUCAUGUUUGAUUAAAAAAAUGACGGAAAAAUGGAUUCGUCGAGAAAUCUCUAAACGUUAUUGGUUUUUCUUUUCAACCAAAGAAUUAACUGAAACUUAUCAUAAAAAUGUUGAAGAACAAUAUGAAAAAAAUUCGUUAUCAUAUUUUAAAAUUAUUGGUGGCUUUCCUUCAAUAUCUCCAUUAACUGCUUAUAAUUGGCUUUCAACUAUUAAAAGUAACCCAACUGCAAUAACAUAUCGAUUACAACCGAUCUACACACUUUUACCAAAAGGUGCUCGACGUGAUGCUUUAAAAGAAGCAACAUUAUAUCUUCGUUCAAAUAUAACCAAUAUAUCAAAUCUAUACAUUAAAUGUUUAGAAUCUGAGACUAAUCCAUCACUUUUACCACGAUUAACAUGUAAUGAAUAA